AUGAAUGCUGCUCGACUCAGGGAUGUGUCUAUUGCAAUAGAAAACUUAUUAAAAUCAUAUGAUAUUCGUUUGAGACCAUCGUUUGGAAAAACACCGCUUCUUCUCGAUAUAGAAAUUCGUCUAGGAAGUUUUGAUAGUAUAUCUGAAGUAAAUAUGGAUUAUACGUUAACACUUUAUUUAAAUCAAUAUUGGAGAGAUGAUCGAUUAGCAUUUGGCAAUGUUAGUGAAGAAAUGACAUUGACUGGUGAAAUUAUUGAUCGACUUUGGUUACCGGAUACAUUUUUUCCAAACGAUAAAAGUGCUUAUCUACAUGAUGUUACGGAGAAGAAUAAGAUGAUACGUUUAACUGGUAAUGGAGAUAUCGUAUAUGGAAUGAGAUUUACAAGUACUCUGGCGUGUAUGAUGGACUUGCGCCGGUACCCGUUAGAUCGUCAAAAUUGUACUGUUGAAGUUGAAUCAUAUGGAUACACUCAAGCUGAUGUGAUUAUGCAAUGGAAAAAUGGAAAACGAUCUAUAUUGGAUUUGGAUAAAGUACAAUUACCACAGUUUACAAUAAUGGAUUAUAAUACAAUUUCUUACGGCAUGGAUCUAGCAACAGGUGUUUAUCAACGAUUAUCGUUAAGUUUCAUAUUACAACGAAAUAUUGGCUAUUUUCUAUUUCAAACAUAUUUACCAUCGAUUUUAAUCGUCAUGUUGAGUUGGGUGAGCUUCUGGAUUAAUCAUGAAGCAACCUCAGCUCGUGUAGCCCUAGGAAUAACGACGGUUUUAACAAUGACUACAAUCAGUACCGGUGUUCGGUCAUCUCUUCCGAGAAUAUCUUACGAAGAAUUUGAAAUUGAGGAAGAAACAGGCGGACGUAGUUCACCAAUAUUAAGUUUACGGAACAGAACUGAAUCAAAUCAUUCAAGAGAAAACUGUUUAAUUCAACGUAAUGUUGUUGAAGACGAACAGACUCCUCAACCACCACGAUUAAAUACGAUUAUUCGUGGAAGUAUGUUAUACGGCAAAACAUUUUUAUCAUCGCCACCAUCACGUAUUAAAUCCGUACAAAAACGUUCGAGAGCCAAUCGAUUUGUUAGUGCUGUGAAAUUGAAAGCAAAUACCGUUACAAAAAGUUUACCCCAUGUACAUGACGUUAAUGACAUCGACAAAUGGUCUCGAUUAUUCUUUCCAGUUUUAUUCGUUAUAUUCAAUAUAUUUUAUUGGUGGUAUUAUAUGUCGCGUUCGACACAUAAUACGAUAUAA